CCAAUUAAAACAUUUUGAUGCCUGUCCAUAGUCAUAUCUUUGCACAUUUCAGGACUUUGAUAGCAUUUGAGAAUAAAGCUUUCACACAUGCAGUAGUUUUCUAACAGGGCAAUACAGGAACCAGGUUUUGGUUUUUAAUGUGAAGAGAGGCAGCCAAGUGCAGUAUUCAAGGACUGGUGAAGUCAAUUUAAUUGACUAAAAUGAUGAAUGCUUUUGUAGCCUGCCUUGCAGCUUGUCUGUGGCCGGUGGUGCACACUGCACCAACCUCUGUGUCAUGGUGCUAUAACAGGCCGUCCUGUAAUGAUGUCACUUGGCCCACAACUGCAAGUAAAGACUGUAACGGCACUCAUCAGUCUCCAAUAGACAUCGUAACCGCCAAUGUCCAGGCUAAUGCUAAUCUGACCUCUUUCAACUUCACUGGCUACAAUGACAAAACGACUUUAACUGAGAUUAAAAACACUGGCAAGACAGUUAAAGUUACACUUGAUCACAAAAGAAUGCAUGUGGAAGGAGGUGAUCUGCCAGGCUCGUUUGCCAGUAUGCAGUUUCAUCUCCACUGGGGCAACGGCAGCACCAUGCCUGGAUCUGAACACACUGUGGAUGGCAAACGAUACCCUAUGGAGUUGCAUAUUGUAAAUAAGGCUGAGCGUAAUGGUGGUGUGACUGGUGAUCCAAAAUUGGCAGUUCUUGGCAUCUUCAUUGAGGCCUCUAAUGACACUGGGAAACCGACAAGCUGGAAGAACUUGACAUCUUAUCUUGUGAAAAUUGCCAAUGCAGGUGAUAAAGCACGCAUUUCCCACAAUAUCUCCAUGGAUGAUCUGCUUCCUGGAGUGGACAGUGCUAAAUAUUACCGUUAUCUUGGCUCUUUGACAACGCCAAACUGCACUGAAGGUGUGUUGUGGACUAUCUUUAAAGAUCCAGUCAAAGUCAGCCAGGAUUUGAUUGACCUCUUCACUACGACGGUCUACAUCAACAAGACCACCAACUCUCCUCUAAUGACCAACACUUUCAGGAGUGUUCAGCCUGUAAAUGACAGGAUUGUGAUGUCACAGGUACCAGGUACCAAAACUACUGGCUUGCUCACACCAACUAGGCCGACAUCAACUGCAAAACCAACUAAACCAACAUCAGCCACAAAACAAACUACACCAACAUCAGCCACAAAACCAACUACACCAACAUCAAGCACAACAAACCCAUCCCAGGCUCUCGUGUGCCCACUUGUGAGUCUUGUACUCCUGUACGGCAUCCUACCUUUGUUCUAAAACUGAUCCACGAAAUUAAGGUACUUUUUAACUGAUGACUUUGGACCUGAUGGUAUAAUCCAUUUAAAUGUUUACAGAUGGGUUUAAAAAAGCAAUGUAAAUUUUAUCUGGUUUAAUGUAUAGUUCUUAGUGUUGUCAAGGUUUAAUAUUGUGGAAAGAUUUCAGUGUUUUUCAGCUAAAUGCUAGUUUCCAUGCUCUCAGCUUGUUUCCUGCAACUGUUUCAUAUGGAUGUGGAUGUCUCGCAGGUUGUGCACUGAAGGUCUUUGGUUGAAGUGCUGGGCAUGUUGUUUUUUUUAGUGCACAGUUUUGAAAAACAUUUGAGGUGCAUGUGUUUGGACUUUUAGCGUGAAUGCACUUGUUUUAAUAUUUAAUAUGACAAUAGUGUCAGCUUUGCAGUUUGAAAUGGAAAGUAAGCAGUGAAUGUAGGCUACAGGCUGAGUGUGUGUGUGUGUGUGUGUGUGCGUGGGGGGGGGGUGUAUCUGGUGGUUGUUUUGACAUUUCACUCAGGACUAUUUUGUAGAUUUUCACUGGUGUCAUUGUUGAGAUUGAGUUUUGUUUGUAGUGCAUACAAGGUUUUUUAUUUAUCCCCCUCCACAAAGGUGUCAUUGUCUGCUGUGG